GUAGCUCUCCUCCUUGCUAGUUUUUCUUUCUGCUUUGCGUCAUUGGGCCGAUUGAGGAAGGGAAAGAGCUGAACGACAAAGCCUGGCUUGAAUAAAAUCAAUUUCGGGUGGAGGUGGGCCGACAGACGGGGCAGAGGAGGAGCCCCAAGACGGCCUGUGGGGAGGCGGGGGUCACACAGACAGAUCACCCUAAGGCCUGCCUUAUCUUCCUUCUGACCCCCCCUACAGGACUGGCUGUUCUGUCCUCCCACAGCUCGGUUCAAUAAAAGCGGAGGGGAUACAUUUCAGAAGAAGCAAGAGAAGGAAGACGUUGAAACAUUCGUUUAGCCAGAGAAUAACUGCAUUCCUGCAUUAAGUUUGCAGGAAAAAAACAACAACGAAAACGACUUAAACAACUGAUUAAGGCUCACUAAGCAAAGGAUACUCUUCUGUAUGAAAACUGACCGCUAGAAAACUCUUUGCCACAUCUCGGAUCACGUCAAUGGUGUAACUUCCAAAUUUGUCUCCGCCGGAAUGUGAUUUCUAUCUUAUAUUUUGAAACGUUGUUUAGAAAUUACAGCUCCCCGUCUGCCCAGCUAGACGCGGUGUAAAUCUUACACCGAAGGAACUGAUCGCCUUACAUCGGGACAACUGAAAGAAACAAAGCUUCACUCUGCGGGGAAAAGACAAACAGGCUGGAACAAGCCAGUCCGGGCGUACACGUGGACUUGAAGCCCAGGCGAGCGGUGUACAAAGAGAGAGGCACUGAUGCCGAACUAUCGGUGAGCGGACGGCGGUAACAUCCUGUACAGCCAUUGCUCAUUACAGCCAUCAGCCUCGCCGGGAGAAGAUGCGGGACACGGCAAGUUGCGCCCGGUUUCUGAGCCGUCUGUGACGCGGGGCGGUCUGCUACAGAAGGCAGAAGCGGCGCUGGUUUCAUCUGCACGCUACCCAGCCACCGAACCCAUUUCCUCUGAGCUCAGUCGGCAAAGAGCUCGCCGCUCGGCGCCCAGGGGACCGCCAGAGAGCGGUGGGGUGAGCUGUGAUUAUGUUUUGACACCAUUUCUGGGUGUUUUUCUGGGCUCUGUUCCAACCCGAGCUACUCAAGUUACUCCCAUUAUCUGAGACCCGCUUAACCCUGCAAGCUUUGGGACUUACACAGUGUAGAAGUUCCUUCGCCUUUGUGACUUGUCCGCUGGGGGAUACAGUUAACCGAGACGUUUUAGCCCAGUCAGAAGUCCCUGCCACUCAGUUUUCUAGACCUGUACUGUGCACCCCUGCUGGAGAAACACCCACUUUGGGAACACUCACAGCCCUCUCCCCUCCCUGUAGGCGGCGCUAUGCCCUGGGGAAAUAGCACUCAGUUGCAGCCCCUGCUGGUCUCCCUGCUCCAGCAGUGCCUGAACCGGACAGCAGGGGAGAGAGAGGCCGCGGCGCCCCGCAGUCCCCCCGCGGACGACAGCCACGGUAUCAUCUACAUCCUGCUGAUGGUGGGCCUGUUCAGCGCCUUCACCUUCGCCAUCAUGCUCAGUUACAUCCGGUCCAAGAAGCUGGAGAACUCCGAGGACCCCUACCACCGCUACAUCGCACACGACUGGCCGCAGUCCCGACUGGUCGACUCCCCAGGACAUGCAAACCCUCUGGAACCUGGGCCAGACGCUCCAGAGGAUUCCUGCGUCAUUCCCAAUCCCAGGGUGCUGGAUCGUCCCAAGCAGCACAUCCCAGGGUGAGCGUCCGGGACCUCUUUCCGUGCCCAUGCCCAGUCCAGCACUGUGGACCAUGAUCAGUAAUAUCACAGCGCUACGGUCGCAGAGGGUACCUCCUUUGAUAAGAAUCCGACACGAGGGAGAACAAGAUCCACACCUCAUCAUCUCGGAUCGGUGAAUUCGUUCCUCCUCUUUCGGGCCGGUCGAUGGUUCCGUCGCCUCCGAACCCCCGACUGUCACCUAGGGGUACAGUCUGGGUGACGGUGGUGAGGCCAGAUUUCUGUCUCUCUGAUCUGCUUACAUCAUUGUCUUCAGGAGUUAUUUUAUAUACUGUAAUCCCCAAAACGUCAGUCUCCGAAAACUGGAUCGGAACAAUAGGAGGAGAUGAUGUCUGUUCAUUUCAUAAGAUGUGUCACGUUCGUAAGCCCCUCUUCUUAAGGGCGCUCCAGCCCUUCCUUGUUUUUUACUCAUCCCCCGCACCUGUUCCCUGUUCCAGCCCCCUUUUCAGUUUCCCUUAAAAGCCAGACGCUGGCUCUGUUCCGGGCUGUGCUCUGUUUUUCAUACCAGGCGAGUCCGGGACCUGGAAGCGCCUGGUCCCGUUAAGGUUUUAGUUCCUGUAUUUGUUCCUGUUCCUGU